CUCCGAUCUGAUCCAUCCUUCGACUAAACACUUCGGAACCUCUUCCCCGCUGGACAGCUCAGCCCUGACUUAACUGGACAGUGACUUGUUGCCUGUCGAUCGCUGAGUUCAGUUAAUUUCUCUACACAUACAUAGGGUGGCACCGGUCGCUAUCCCCAUCAAGAUGGAGCCCCGCAAAACGCCCCCGGAGUACUUUCUGGAGAUCUUCGCAGAUACAACCAACGUCCGCGACGUGUUAAAAGGUAUCCUCAACACCAUCUUCUUCCACCGAUACUUCCCCUCCAUCCGCCCCAUCACCUUCGACGUCCUCGACUUCACCCUCCCCGCCAUCAACGACGUAGACCUCGAAACCCUCAUCGACUCUCGCGUGAGUUCCCUUGUCCGUCAGCACUCCUCAGCAGCCAGCGCCCCCGAUGGCGGCGGUGGCGGGGGUGUCCGGGCCCGAAUGGCUGUGGAAUUCUACGAAAAGCGGCGUCGACGACCGGGAAUCUGGUUUGGCGGACUAUCAGGGAAGGGCGAGGAAGAAGUAUGCUGGGAAGUGUGGAAUUUGGAUGUGACGAUAGCCACUCCUCGAACAGAGUCUGAACGCGCCAAAGUGCGCAAAGCCAUGGAGAAUAUGCUACAGAAAGCCGUCCUGAAGAUUUUAGCCGUGGUUAGCCGCGAUAAGGAGCACAUUCCCCCGAUCACUACGAGCGAUUCGAAUCCAUUUCCUUAUCGCGUGGUUCUGAACCCCAGAUCGGAUGGUUGGCAGAAUCGGUUCGGGUUAUACUGAUGCAGCCUACCUACCU